UCCAAUCCAUAAGAAAUAUUGUAGUAUUAAACAAUAACAAUGAGGUCGCUAGUCGCCCUAGCCGUGCUAGCAUGUGUCGUAGUAGCUUGUUCAGGGCGAGAGGAGCAGCAGGGAGACCUAGUCGCCGCGGCCAGCCACCACGGUCAUCAUCACGAAGAAGGCGGAGGCAAGGAGCACCACUCGCAUCACCACCAUGAACAUGGAGAAAAAGGGCACAAAGGUCACAAAGGACAUCAUCAUCAUCAUAAAGGAGAACAUGGUCAUCACGGUAAACAUCACCAUGCGGGUCAUCAUCACGAACAUGGAGGACAUCACAAAAAACACUGGGAUGAGCACGACCACCACGGCAAACAUCAUGAGCAUGGACACCACCACAAGGGCGGCAAACAUCAUCACAAGAAACAUCACGAUAAAGGCGAAGAAGUUGAAGGCUACCACAAGAAAUACCACAAAGACGAGUACCAUAAAGACCACCACUUCUACGAUGACCACCACAAGGAAGGCAAGCAUCACAAGCACGGCCACCACCACGGGCAUCACGAGAAACAUGGUGGACAUCACAAGAAAGGCGGACACCACCACUCCGGUCAUCACGAAGAGCAUCAUGGCAAGAAAGGACAUCAUGACAAACACCAUUACGAUGAAGACCAUAAGGGACAUAAGGGCCACCACGGACACGAAGAACACCACCACCAUCAUCAUGACCACGGCAAGAAAGGUGGUCACGAAGAUCACAAACAUUGGGGAUUCCACCACGGCAAGCACUGCUUUGGUGACGGCUACGUCUCUAGUCGAGCCAAACAAAUCAUGAGGCUCUCAUUCCUGAUACUACUAUUUUCCGCGGUGCUACUAACACACGCGCGUAAUGUAGCAAAUCAAAAAGGUGAUAAAGAUGACGCAGCCAACGCUGCCACUCAACUAGCAGCAACCACAGGAGGCGACCUCUCAGUCGCUGGCAGUGCAUCUGCAGACCAAGCGAUUGCCGGCACUGAACACAAAAAGGCCAAAGACAGCCACCACGAACAAGGAGGCGGGCAUGAACACCAUGCUCAUCACCAUGAGGAACACGGAGAUAAAGGCGAUAAGGGAUACAAGUCGCAUCAUCAUCAUGAUAAAGGCGAACAUGGACAUCAUGCGAAACACCACCACGAAGGACAUCACGACGAACACGGAGGACACAAAAAGAAGCACCACGAUGAGCACGAUCAUCAUGGUGAACAUCAUGAGGCCGCGCACGGACACAAAGGCGGCAAAUUUGGACACAAAAAGGGUCACAAAAAGGGUUCGAAGACGACUGGUUUUCAUCAUAAAUCCCAUAAAGACGAAUAUCACAAGGAACACAAAUUCUACGACGACUUCCACAAGGGUGGACACCAUCACAAACACGGCGACUUCCACGGACAUCAUGACAAAAAGGGAGGUCACCACAAGAAAGGCGGUCAUCACGAAAAGGGACACCACGAGAAACACCACGGCAAGAAGGGACAUCAUGACAAAGGGCAUUAUGAUGAAGACCACAAGGGACACAAGGGUCAUCAUGGGCACGAAGAGCAUUUCGCACAUCACCACGACCACGGAAAGAAGGGCGGACACGCUGGCGGAAAGGAACAUGGUUACAGUCAUGCAAAGAAAUCGUAAAGAAAAUACCUACCCAGUUUAUUAUUAUUUGUUUAAUUGCGUUUUUGUUUUUUGUUAUAUUUUUCAAGUCAUUGUAUAUAA